GAGAAGUCGAUUGAACUGAACCCUCCUGGCCGGUUGUAUCUUUGUCGAAACGUCUCCACAUGGACCGACUCGCCUCGUUUGGAAAUGAUCCCUUUGAUAAACCCCCGUGCAGAGGUUGUUCCUCUUAUCUCACCGAGCCCUACAUCAAGUGUGCAGAAUGUGGACCGUCGCCUUUUCUCCUCUGCCUCCAGUGUUUCACCAAAGGAUUCGAAUACAAGAAGCACGAGAGUGAUCACAGAUAUGAAAUCAUGACGUCAGACUUCCCUGUACUGGAGCCUGGGUGGACUGCACAGGAAGAGGUGUCUCUGUUGGAGGCCGUCAUGGACUGUGGCUUUGGGAACUGGCAGGAUGUUGCAUAUCAGAUGCGCACGAAAACCAAAGAGGAAUGUGAGAGCCACUACAUGAAGAAUUUCAUCAACAACCCCCUGUUCUCCUCCACCUUGCUGAGCCUGCGCAAAACAAAAGACUCUCGCUUUGCAGAGGGUGCUAUUCCUUUCAAGCCCACUGAUGAACCUCCACGGCCCACAUUUGACUCAGUGCUGUCUCGAGACAUGGCCGGAUACAUGCCUGCCAGAGCAGACUUCAUGGAGGAGUUUGACAACUACGCUGAAUGGGAUUUGAAAGACAUCGACUUUGUGGAUGAUGACUCAGACGUACUUCGUGCCCUCAAGCUGGCAGUUGUUGACAUAUAUCAUUCAAGAUUAAAGGAGAGACAGCGGAGGAAGAAGAUUAUCCGAGACCACGGGCUGAUCAACCUUCGGAAAUUCCAGAUGCUGGAGCGAUGUUACCCGAAGGAGGUGCAGGAGCUGUACGACGUCAUGAGACGAUUUGCAAGAGUGGUUGGACCAACUGAACACGACAAAUUCAUCGAAAGUCACGCAUUGGAGUUUGAGCUGCGGAGGGAGAUCCGCCGGCUGCAGGAGUACAGGAAAGCAGGGAUCAAGUCCUUCUGCAGUGCCAAGGUGUACGAGCGGGCGAAGCGACUGCGUGACGACGAGCGGAGGAAGAGAACCAUGCUGUGUGACGUCCUGCAGUACAUCCAGGACGGCAGAGCCUGCCAGCAGUGGCUCAGCAAACAGGCGGCAAUAGAUGCUGGCAUCACUCCAGCAGUCACAACCAUCACAGUGUCAGCAACAGGCAGGCGGAGCGCCCCCCCACUGAACCUGACGGGGCUGCCGGGGACAGAGAAACUUGACGAGCGGGAGAAAGAGCUGUGCCAGGUGGUGCGUCUGGUGCCGGGAGCCUACCUGGAGUACAAGCAGGCCUUACUUAAUGAGUGCAGACGGCAGGGCGGCCUGCGGCUGGCACAGGCCCGAGCGCUGAUCAAGAUCGACGUCAACAAAACACGCAAAAUCUAUGAUUUCCUAAUAAAAGAGGGCCACAUCACUAAGGCCUAGGAGGCUUCCACCGGACCACACAGGAGGUUAGGCUGCUGUUAGGGAUUCCUUUUAUUUCUCAUCUUGUGACGUCAUAAGCCUUUUUGUUUUGUAAGAGUCUCCGAUUGUCGCUGCUUCUGUGAAAUACUUUAACUAAUAUUUGUAAAGUCUUGUGUUUGAUUCUUGAAGUUAUUAAAAUGACAAAUCUCUUUGUAAUAGUUCUGUCAGAAGAACAAGGCCUCAUAUUAAAACGAGAACGUUAUUAUAUCCCUGUCAUAAAAUGUAUAUAUGUGGCAUGUAUAUUGAUAUUUGAACCUGUAGGCACUACUUGGACUCAAAUAUCCGCCAAUGCUUUGUUUAACAGGUCUCAUGUUUCCAUAUUCUCCAGAUGAACUGAUGUGUUGAUGUAAAUUCAUAAGAAAGUUAGUGGAACGAAUGUUGUACUGAUUAAAAUGUACUGAUGGGAAAGAUUAGAAAAUCCCCUGUUGCCCUGAUUCAUUUUAAUUAUUUAAUAUUGUAUCCAGCAAAUCUCUUGGUUGUUGAAACAAAAUGUAAAAAUUUGAUUACAGGCAAAACAUAUUACACUACGUACAUGGAGAAUAAAAGUGAAGUUACAUUGGGCAA